UUGUCUUCCAUCCCAUUUUUCAUAACUGGAUUUAUUGGAAAUGUCUUGGUUAUACACAUCGUGCAUAAAACACGUGAAAUGCAAACACCUACAAAUUAUCUUCUAGCUAGCAUGGCCGUUAGCGAUGUCGUCAGCGUUAUGUUGCUUCCAUUAUACGAGGUCGUCCAGUAUCAACUUGGAAGUGUAAAUAACAACUUUGAGAAAUUCACUUGCAAGUCAUUCGCCCUCGUUCAAAUAUGUAUAACAGUGUCCUCCACAACUCUUACAUUGAUAGCGGUGGAAAGAUAUCAUGCCUUGCUGAAACCUUUCCGGACUGAAUUGCGGUUAAGCGACGACAACGUAAAGAAGGCCAUUGCUAUUAUUUGGAUCAUAAGUGUUCUUUUGUCGUUACCUUCCUUCUUCUUAAAUAAAUGGAGCAUCGAAGAAGAUGCAGUUGAGGCCUCCCCAUGCGUUGGUCCGUGGACUUUAAGCAUGAAUCAAGCAAGCAAAAUUUAUUUGAUCGUACACGCGUCAAUUUUCUUUAUUCAAUUGACAACCAUGUGUUACUGCUAUGCAUCUCUUAUCAAGGGACUUUAUUUUACCAACACAGUGUGUCCAGAAGAAACGGAAGGAGAAAGAGGUUCAGAGAGGAAGAAACUCGUUUUGACAUUUCUCUUAGCAACCACGGGAUUUUUGAUCGGUUAUGCCCCUGGAAUUUUGUUCGACGCAAUUGUCGCAUCACGGGAAGUUCAACACGAAGACUUAUUAUUGUACUCUGUUCUUAGAGCUGUGCUUGCCUUUUUGUUCAAAUGUAGUUUAUGUCUAAACCCAAUUUUCUACGCCUUUCGCAGUGCGCACUUUAAGCAAGGUUUUAAACGGCUUCUGAAAUGCCGAGAGUCUACAUCACAGAAUGAGAUUCAGCUUGGAGCAUAACAUUCUCUUUGUUAUUACAGGUCACGGAGAUCAACGCUAACAUAAUUGCUAGCUGAGGACUUUUUUGUACACAAACAUGGCCACCGUGACGUCAUGCGAAAACGAUCUAUUGCGGGCCAAUUAAUUAACAGCAUGGUCCAAUGGGUCUAUUUGAAUUAUCUUAGCGAUAAUGUAAACUACGUCAAUUUUCGCUUGUCUACUAACUCAUAUGCGUGCAAUGAAUAUUAUAACUAACAAAACCGAUAAUUCUUGCGAACAAUUUCUUUGAACAAAUUUCCAAAGUCUAUUUAAAAAAAAGAAAAAAAAAACAGAAAAACCUGAAGAAUUAAUCAUGGUCGAAACCGAUAGCCUAAGUUUUAUCUUGUCUUGCUGUUCCAUACCAUUUUACAUCAGUGGACUCAUCGGCAAUGUGUUGGUCAUUCGAGUCGUACACAAAACAAGGGAGAUGCACACCCCUACAAAUUAUCUUUUAGUUAGCAUAGCCGUUAGCGAUGUCUUCACCAUAAUGAUGUUUGCAGCUCACGGGUUUGCCUUCAGUCAAUAUGUAAAUGAUGAAAAUUUCGUGCACUACUUGGUUUGCAAGGCAUCGGCCGACAUUACAACCGUCGCAAUAGUUUCUUCCAUUACUCUUACUGUGCUAGCCGUAGAAAGAUACAACGCUUUGCUCAAGCCUUUAAGAACGGGAUUACGAUUAAGUGAAGACAAUAUUAAAAAGGCCAUCGCUCUGAUUUGGGUGACAAGUGUUUUUGUAUCCAUCCCAAAUGCCUUCUUUCAAGAAUUCGAUCGAAGCAAUCGCUUUCUCUCAGGAUGUGUUGGUAAAGGGGAUUCAAAUAUCAAUCUAGCGUGGAAGACUUACUUGAUUGUAUUUGACGCCUUUUUUGAUACAAUCGGUAGUCCAGGUAUUUUGCUAUGGUUCCUUGAUCAGAGGUCUCUACUUGACCAACGCAGUUUGCCAAGAAACUGAAACCACUGAUUGCAAGAGAAGCUCGGAGAAGAAGAAACUUGUUAUCACAUUCCCUCUAGCGACUGUCGGGUUCUUGAUCGGUUAUGUACAAUCCAUGGCCUUCUAUACAGUUGUUACAUUUCAAACCAACUCGAAUAUAGAUAUCAACCUGUACUCUGAUCUCAAGAAUGGGUUUCAGUUUUUGUGUGGCUACAGUCUAUGUUUAAAUUCACUCGUUUACGCUUUUCGAAGUGCCCAUUUUAAAGAGGGAUUCAGACGCGUUCUAACAACUUGUUGGAAGCCAACUCCACAGGAUGACAACGUUCAGUGUUUCAGAUACUUUUUUCAUUUCAAGUCCCAAUGUGAAGUCGAAGAAAAGCUGAGGUCCGAGAACUUUGCAGCAACACAAACAGUAGGAUUUGACAAUGCUGAAUAAAAUGCAAAUGAUCAUGAUGCCGAUUUUUCUGCUUGUUCCUGUUGUUAUUUGUGCAUAAUCAUUCUGGGAGGAUCCUUGCAGUUUGGAGAAAACCAGAGAAAAAAUUAAGUGAUCAUAGAAAACCAUAGGUUCUUCUGCUUUCAUUAUUAGAUCGAGAGAUAAGUACAUUGAAAAAACCUCUUUUAUGUACAUAAAGGCAUAGCUUCGCCAAUUCGAGAUACGAUAGUCAGACGAUAUUUGACUGAUAACAAAGGCUUCGCAGCCAAACGUUUAGUUGUCUCCUAAGACAGCUUUUCUGAGUAUAGUACUUAACAAACUUGACAAUUUUUUUUGAGACACUGUUUAUUUGAACUCUUUUUAGACCGGGCUUUCUUAAUUACUAGAGUUCUUAGAAGCGGACGGGGUAUUGCCCUCGCUGUAAUCAACUAUUGAGGCUUUAACAGACAAACGUGGAAUGUAACAGCGAUUCAAAAAGGUGUCUAAGAUAAAAGUUUACACGUCAAGACAACAUUAUACGCCUUGCGAAAUUGCCGCCAUGACUAAAUAAGUGGUCAUCUUAGACCUGUCAUUCUAGGAUCAGCAGUCCUGGGUUUUCGUCACUAAGAAAACAACCUGAACUCUGGAAAAAUUAAUUUACAAAAGAAUGAAAGACGCCAAAGUGAUCUGAAUUUGUGAGAAAAGUAUAGAUUCUUUAGGUUCAGCAUGGAAACAUCACAUCCAAAACAGCAAUCGUUUAGACAAAAAAUUGGCGCGACAAAUCUCUUGGAGAGUUUAAGGGGAAUUGAGCCAUGGUAAUAUAACUGUUCAUGUAAAGAUUAGGCCAAUGUUCGUCAAAACCAUCCGCGAGUUUUGAUGUUUAAUAAGGCAUCAGCUUUAAAAUGGUAUAACGACGCCGGCGAAGCUGAUGAUGAUUCUGCAGUAUAUUCUGAUCACAAACUAAUUCUUUUUUUAGGAUUCAAUUUCCAACAUCAGUGCCAUAUAUUGAAGGAUAUAUAAUUCGUUACUAAUUUUGACUGAGUCCAUUUUACCCAAUUAAACUCACUCUAAGAAUAUUGCUUUUUCUUUUCAUUUUUUUUAGGCGCGUAAAAUGUAAAAUAAAGCCGAAGCUACACAAUUUAGGCAGGUGUUAUAGAGCCAUAAAGAAACCGGAUAACCAAAGCGAAUUGUUUUCGUAUUACUUUAAGGAGAGCGAAGAAAAGGAAGAAAAAAAUUAAAAGGAAGCAGGAGAUAACUUCUUUAAAUUUGCUACUAGCAAAGAAGCUAGAUAAACCGAGCGUGCUUGUUGGUAAGUAACGUCGAAAGCGUUUCACCUGUUAGAGUUAAUCAUGAAGCUUUCUCAGGGACCGCGGAGACCAUUUUAAGGUGGUAGGGCUGAAAACUCUGGCCAAUAUACAGAAACAUUCAGGUCGGUGUUUCUCCAUUUAUCUUGCAUUUGGGCGCCACCUUAUUUACCACCUCAACAAAUAUAACAUAAACGUCCACACGUGUUAUACUAUCCGAUAUAGCCAAUAUGUUAAAUAAACCUCCUGAGGUUGCUACUUUUUGAAGUUGCCCGAAAACCAGUAUUAUUAUUAUUAUUAUUAUUAUUAUUAUUAUUAUUAUUGUUGUUAUUAUUAUUAUAAGAACAGCCGCUAACGACUAAACCGGCAAAAUCAGAUAAGAUACUGAAAACACAGUCAUAAAUGAUAAAGGAGAAUAAAAAGAAAGAAAUAACUGAACUAACGCAAGAAAAGUAAACUGAAUGCACAGCUUUUUUGAUUAUAAUUAUUGUGAUUCUGGCGUCCCUGAAAUAACGCCAAAGGUUAGGCCUGUUUCAAACGUUGUGUUACUGCCGUGUUAAGCUGGCUCGACUGUAGCUCGACUGCAGCAAGACACUAGCACGACUUGGUUUCAGACGUCGAAUUUAAUUCAGUCAAAUAGAACGGCUCUUGUCGAAAACAAAACACAAAAAUAAAGAAACGGUCUAGCAAACUUUUAAAUGUAUUCUAAUGUAUUUAUAAUUUAUGAAUUGAGUUCGGCACGGCGGUAGCACGACGUUUGAAACCAAGUCGAGCUACUGCCGUGUAGCACGGCAAGGCUUGCGCCAUGCAUGCAACACGGCAGUAGCACGAAUUGGUUUCAAACGUCGCGCUACUGCCAUGCUAAAGUCGAAUUUAAUUUGAUCAAUUGAGUUCGGCACGGCAGUAGCACGAAGUUUGAAACGGGCCUUAUUUUGUCCAACGACCGUUUCACUAAAAAUUAUUUAAUGCCAGGUGUACCUGUUGACUGUCACUUAAACAGUGUCCAAUUAAAUUUGGAAGACGAAUUGGAUAUUUCGUCGCUAUUCUGACUUGACAGCUUGUAUUAAAGGUUGGAUGAUCCUAGCGACGGACUACCAAAAGCAAAUUUGGAAGAGUUCUGUUAACAAUCCCAGGCAGAGUCAAUCAUGAUAAAACCAAAUGGACUACAUUUUGUUCUAUUUUUGUCUUCCAUCCCAUUUUUCAUAACUGGAUUUAUUGGAAAUGUCUUGGUUAUACACAUCGUGCAUAAAACACGUGAAAUGCAAACACCUACAAAUUAUCUUCUAGCUAACAUGGCCGUUAGCGAUGUCGUCAGCGUCAUGUUGCUUCCAUUAUACGAGGUUGUCCAGUAUCAACUUGGAAGUGUAAAUAACAACUUUGAGAAAUUCACUUGCAAGUCAGUCGCCCUCGUUCAAAUAUGUAUAAUAGUGUCCUCCACAACUCUUACAUUGAUAGCGGUGGAAAGAUAUCAUGCCUUGCUGAAACCUUUCCGGACUGAAUUGCGGUUAAGCGACGACAACGUAAAGAAGGCCAUUGCUAUUAUUUGGAUCAUAAGUGUUCUUUUGUCGUUACCUUCCUUCUUCUUAAAUAAAUGGAGCAUCGAAGAAGAUGCAGUUGAGGCCUCCCCAUGCGUUGGUCCGUGGACUUUAAGCAUGAAUCAAGCAAGCAAAAUUUAUUUGAUCGUACACGCGUCCAUUUUCUUUAUUCAAUUGACAACCAUGUGUUACUGCUAUGCAUCUCUUAUCAAGGGACUUUAUUUUACCAACACAGUGUGUCCAGAAGAAACGGAAGGAGAAAGAGGUUCAGAAAGGAAGAAACUCGUUUUGACAUUUUUCUUAGCAACCACGGGAUUUUUGAUCGGUUAUGCCCCUGAAAUUUUGUUCUACACAAUUGUCGCAUCACGGGAAGUUCAACAGGAAGACUUAUUAUUGUACUCUGUUCUUAGAGCUGUGCUAUCCUUUUUGUUAGAGUGUAGUUUAUGUCUAAACCCAAUUUUCUACGCCUUUCGCAGUGCGCACUUUAAGCAAGGUUUUAAACGGCUUCUGAAAUGCCGAGAGUCUACAUCACAGAAUGAGAUUCAGCUUGGAGCAUAA